AUGGAGUCCCCUACUCCACCUGCUGACAAGCCGAGCCCUCAGAAACGAAGACACGCCCGUGCAGCCGCGACCUACCCCCGGAAGCGAGCUACUCAAGCCUGCCAAACCUGUCGCCUUAGACGGACGAAGUGCGAUAAUACCCGGCCUUCAUGUGCAUCGUGUGUGCGGCUCGGGGCGGAAUGCUCCUACCAGCAGUUUUGCCCUUCAACAUUUGAUUCCGCGAGCUUGGCUAUCCUGAAACGCAUCGAUGAUCUAGAAACACUGAUCCAGACCAAGGUAAAGGAUCCACCUCCAGUGGCCCUGUCUAAUGUUCUGUCUACAUCCCCGUCUAGCACUUCCCAUAACAUUUGGUCACCUGUAAUUGACCAGGAGACGGAAUGGAAACCCUCUUUUAUCAACAUUGAGGAGGUUCUCAAGUGGCCUGUUUUCGAUGACCAAGAAUUUGAACCGCGACUCUAUCUAAUAUCUUCAUCCGAGGAGAACAUAAUUCAACCAGAACUACCAAUCUCCUUCGACCUUGACCUCCAUGCCGCGGACCACCUCGUUCGGACUUUCUUCGAUAAUGUACAUAUCUUCAACCCCACACUAAAAGAGGAGGAUAUCAGUGAAUAUGUGAAGACUGUGCGAUUGAAUGGUAUCGGGUGGGAUGCUAAGUCUUGUCUGUUGCUUCUCAUAUAUGCCAAUGGUUCAAUCGCGACACCAUUUGUAAGGAAUGGACAAGGCGUAUCUUCUGGUCAAUUUCAUCAGUCAAAGGGGUUUCUGCAAGCCGAGGCAUAUUUCCUUGCUGCGCAGAAGCGAAUGGGCAUGCUGCUCUGCAGGAGCGGCGUGGUAGAGGCGCAAUGCUUCUUCCUUGCGGGCGUAUAUCUAAUGACAAAGUUGCGGUCCGUGGAGGCAUGGAGGAUGUUUACGCAAGCACUGGCGUGUUGUCAGAGCUUUUCCAUCCUCCGCAUACAUGGAAACCGCUAUGAAGACGGGUGGGACACGAAGCAGAGAAUAUACUGGACCUGCUUGAAGUCUGAACUAGAGCUGCGACUAGAAUUAAAUCUUUCCCAAAAGAAUGUUCCAGAUCUCAGAUACCCUACAUUCUUUCCGUCGCCCCCAGAAGAGCUCAAGUCCAAAGAUGAAGCGGCAUGGUACUUCUAUCUGGCUGAGAUUGCAUUGCGAAGAUUGGAGAACCGAAUUCUGGGCUAUCUGUACCAGCCUUACGGCGUAAAUUCAAACUUCAACAUGCAAUCGGUGAUCCUUGACUUUGAGGAGCAAGCAGACGCAUGGCUGCGAUCUCUCCCAGAAGCAUUGGCUCCGGAUGUAGAUAAGCCGAACACAGACCAAUAUGAGCCCUUCCGAUUCAUUCUCAGUGGUCAUUUCCUUGACUGCCAAGAGACAAUGUACUGGCACUUUUUGGUGGAGGCAAUACAUGGCAGAGUCGACGGAAACAGCGAUAUUCUUCUUCGCAAAGGACUGAAGGUCUGUGUGGAUAGAAUCCAGCAGAAUCAGACGGGGUUCUACCAUCGGCAUCACGGAACAUGGCUCAUGCUCCGAUCAUGUACAAGGAGUGCGUUGGUGCUCCUCGCUGCUGAGCGCAGUGGGAACCUUGUCUCUUUUUUACCUCGAGGUUGGGAGGCAGCGGUAUAUGAUGUUUCCAGGAUGCUGGAAUUCUGGAAGGAUGAGUCGAAUGAUGUAAUGGGGUUGUUCACUAUUGUGCAAACAUUGCUAGAAUCCAGGGUAAAUUAG